AUCCAACAGUCAUGCCUGAUCUCACCGUCAAAGCGCCCAAGAAGGGCUCCAAGAAAGCCGUCUCUAAGACCGUCAGCAAGACCGGCAAGAAGAGGAGAAAGUCCAGGAAGGAGAGCUACGCCAUCUACGUGUACAAGGUGAUGAAGCAGGUCCACCCCGAUACCGGUAUCUCCUCCAAGGCCAUGGGCAUCAUGAACUGCUUCGUGAGCGACAUCUUUGAGCGCAUCGCCGGUGAGGCCUCUCGUCUGGCUCACUACAACAAGCGCUCCACCAUCACUUCCAGGGAGAUCCAGACCGCUGUCCGCCUGCUGCUGCCCGGCGAGCUGGCGAAGCACGCGGUGUCUGAGGGAACCAAGGCCGUGACCAAGUACACCAGCUCCAAGUAAAACUGCUGGAGACCAACACCACAACGGCUCUUUUAAGAGCCACACACUUCUUUUAAAGACCAAUUCCUUUUUCUGAACGUGUGAAAAUGACAGAGUAUAAAAUCAAUAUAAUCCAGAAUAACAACCAUAAAUAAACAGGCAUUUAAUAGUACAUUAUUGUAGAGCAAAGAUAACAAUUCCCAUAUUCUAAAUCCAUUUCUUAGGAUUCCUGAUGCUCGCAGACUAUAAUGUUAUGCUCCACUUCGAGACUAAACACUAGUUUCAGUGAGUCAGGCUAUAGGAGAUCUCUCUGUUGCACUCCCUGAGUACUUCUACACUGUUUUGAGAACUAAGAGACCAAACACACCAGUUACAAAGCCUGUAACCAAUUAGUAACAAAACAAACAUUAACAUGGACUGGUUCUUCCACAAAAUACACAUGGUGCCUUGGUGAAAUAUAAACAUGUAUAUGAGGCCUCAUAGUCACUAACGUGUGAAAAGCGUUCAUACAGUUGGGUUUAUACGGGGUGAUUUCUGUAAACAUACUUCCUGACAGUUCAAUGAAACAGCUUUGAUGUGAUAUAAUAAAACAUUUCAGCAUCUGCUGCUACAGAAGUACAGAGAAAGAACCAAGUCGUUAUGUACACGUUAAUCUACCACAGUGGUUCUCAAAUGGGGGUACGUGAUGGACCAUUUUGUUACAAUUGUGUUGGGGCACAACAGAAAAAGUUUGAGAACCACUGACUUAGCCCAACAAAAAUAUUGUGUGAAAUAAAUUAUGACUUAACAUGACUAUAAUUAAAUGUAAAAAUCAAUGACAAAAACAAUGAAAUAACAUAUUACGCCGUAUUAACGGAAACACCGCAGCCUUGAGAGGUCCUUCCGCAUGUAACGACGGACGUUGUGCAGUUGGCUGCAGCAGAAUGGGAGAUUAGCCACGGACAGA